CCUUUAUACUGUUUGUGUAUUUUGUUGACCACAAAAACUCGAGGACUAAGACUAAGUAAGAUAGGAAAUGGGUGGAUACAAAGAAGUUGUCCUUUUAAGAAAUCCAUCACGAGAAGUUGGAAAGUCUGAACCAGAGACUUUCGUGUGCUUAUCCAAAGACGACGAGAGGAGUCCCAAGAAGUCUAGCGGUAUCAAUCAAAUCUCUUCUUACUUGAGGAGAUUCCUUGGAACCAUCAAGAGGAAGCAUUAUGGCUGGGGAACUUAUUUCGUUUGGUAUACAAAACCUGUGGAACCUACUGAGUCAAGAAUGCGAGCUAUUUCAGGGAGUCGAAGAUCAAGUAACUGAACUAAAAAGGGAUCUAAACAUGUUAAGCUCUUUUCUGAAAGAUGCAAAUGCAAAGAAACAUACAAGUGCGGUGGUGAAAAACUGUGUUGAAGAGAUCAAGGAAAUUAUCUAUGAUGGAGAGGAUACAAUCGAAACAUUUGUUCUUGAGCAAAACCUGGGAAAAACAAGUGGUAUCAAGAAGAGUAUCAGAAGACUUGCUUGCAUUAUUCCAGAUCGGAGGAGAUAUGCAUUAGGUAUCGGAGGCUUAAGUAAUAGGAUCUCCAAGGUGAUCCGAGAUAUGCAGAGUUUUGGAGUGCAACAAGCUAUCGUUGAUGGUGGGUAUAAGCAACCUCAAGGUGAUAAACAAAGGGAGAUGCGACAAAAAUUUUCUAAGGACGACGACAGCGAUUUUGUGGGGUUGGAGGCAAAUGUUAAGAAAUUGGUUGGAUAUUUGGUGGACGAAGCAAACGUUCAAGUGGUUUCCAUAACCGGUAUGGGUGGUCUAGGUAAAACCACACUUGCUAAACAGGUUUUUAACCAUGAGGAUGUUAAACAUCAGUUUGAUGGGCUCUCAUGGGUGUGUGUUUCACAAGAUUUUACCCGAAUGAAUGUAUGGCAAAAGAUCUUGAGGGACCUCAAACCCAAAGAGGAAGAAAAGAAAAUCAUGGAGAUGACACAAGAUACACUCCAAGGUGAACUAAUUCGAUUGUUGGAAACGUCUAAGUCAUUAAUUGUCCUCGAUGACAUAUGGGAAAAAGAAGAUUGGGAACUAAUCAAGCCAAUAUUUCCACCGACCAAAGGUUGGAAAGUGUUGCUUACUUCUCGAAAUGAGAGUGUCGCCAUGCGUAGAAAUACAUCAUAUAUCAACUUUAAACCAGAAUGCCUAACCACUGAAGACAGUUGGACACUUUUUCAGAGGAUAGCACUUCCUAUGAAAGAUGCAGCUGAAUUUAAGAUUGAUGAGGAAAAGGAAGAGUUGGGUAAGCUAAUGAUCAAACACUGUGGAGGGUUACCAUUGGCCAUCAGAGUGUUAGGAGGUAUGUUAGCUGAAAAAUACACAUCGCAUGAUUGGAGAAGAUUAUCUGAGAAUAUUGGAUCUCAUCUCGUGGGAGGAAGAACUAACUUUAAUGACGACAACAACAAUACAUGUAACAAUGUAUUGUCUCUAAGCUUUGAAGAAUUGCCAAGUUAUUUGAAGCAUUGUUUCCUCUACUUGGCCCAUUUUCCAGAAGAUUAUGAGAUAAAGGUAGAGAACUUGUCAUAUUACUGGGCUGCAGAAGGAAUAUUCCAACCUAGGCAUUACGAUGGAGAGACCAUUCGAGAUGUUGGAGAUGUCUACAUAGAGGAGCUGGUGAGGAGGAAUAUGGUCAUUUCCGAAAGAGAUGUAAAGACUUCGAGAUUUGAAACUUGUCAUUUGCAUGACAUGAUGAGAGAAGUUUGUUUGUUAAAAGCUAAAGAAGAAAACUUCCUACAAAUUACCAGUAGCCGCCCUUCAACUGCAAACUUGCAGUCUACUGUCACAUCUCGCAGGUUUGUCUACCAAUAUCCUACUACUUUACAUGUUGAGAAAGAUAUAAACAAUCCAAAACUUCGAGCUCUCGUGGUUGUUACCUUGGGAAGUUGGAACCUGGCAGGUUCAAGCUUUACAAGGUUAGAACUUCUGAGGGUGUUAGAUCUUAUUGAAGUGAAGAUUAAAGGAGGGAAGUUAGCUUCUUGCAUUGGAAAGCUCAUCCACUUAAGAUACUUGAGCUUAGAGUAUGCAGAGGUAACUCAUAUACCUUACUCACUAGGAAAUCUGAAGUUGUUGAUCUAUCUGAAUUUAGCUUCAUUCGGAAGAUCUACAUUUGUGCCCAAUGUCUUGAUGGGGAUGCAAGAACUGAGAUACCUUGCGUUACCAUCUGAUAUGGGGAGGAAGACAAAACUAGAAUUGAGUAAUCUAGUAAAAUUGGAGACUUUAGAGAAUUUCUCAACAGAGAAUAGCAGCUUGGAGGAUCUUUGUGGUAUGGUCAGGCUGAGCACGCUCAACAUCAAAUUAAUUGAGGAGACGAGUCUAGAAACUCUAGCUGCAUCUAUAGGUGGAUUGAAAUACCUGGAAAAACUUGAAAUAUAUGAUCACGGUUCUGAGAUGAGGACGAAGGAAGCGGGAAUCGUAUUUGAUUUCGUUCAUCUCAAAAGGCUAUGGUUGAAACUGUAUAUGCCUAGGCUUUCUACAGAACAACACUUCCCUUCUCACCUUACAACCUUAUAUCUAGAAAGUUGUCGGUUGGAAGAGGAUCCCAUGCCGAUUCUAGAGAAGUUGCUACAGUUGAAAGAGCUUGAAUUAGGGUUUGAAUCUUUCAGUGGAAAGAAAAUGGUUUGCUCGAGCGGUGGGUUUCCUCAAUUGCAAAGGCUUUCAUUACUGAAACUAGAGGAAUGGGAAGAUUGGAAAGUAGAAGAAAGCUCCAUGCCACUUCUUCGUACUCUCGAUAUUCAGGUAUGUCGAAAAUUAAAGCAGCUUCCUGAUGAACACCUUCCUUCUCACCUUACAUCCAUAUCUCUAUUUUUUUGUUGUUUGGAGAAAGAUCCAUUGCCGACUCUAGGGAGAUUGGUUUACUUGAAAGAGCUUCAAUUAGGGUUUAGAACUUUCAGUGGGAGGAUAAUGGUUUGCUCGGGCGGUGGGUUUCCUCAAUUGCAGAAGCUUUCAAUAUAUCGGCUAGAGGAAUGGGAAGAGUGGAUAGUAGAACAAGGCUCUAUGCCCUUUCUUCAUACUCUCUAUAUCGAUGAUUGUCCAAAGUUAAAGAAGCUUCCGGAUGGGCUGCAAUUUAUCUAUUCAUUAAAGAAUUUGAAGAUAUCAGAAAGAUGGAAGGAGAGAUUGUCGGAAGGAGGAGAAGAAUAUUACAAAGUCCAACACAUUCCUUCUGUUGAAUUCUACCAUAGGGUGUUGCAUAUCUUUAGGAGCGUCGGAGGUGAUAUAACUGGGAGACUCUUGAUGAGAUGAGAUGUUGGCCUAUCUGGAAUUCUUCCCAGUUGGGAGACCAACGGAGAUUAACACCGUCAACAACGCACCUACGACCCAUCUCAAGAGCUUGGACACGAGGGAGAAGGUUGUUGCCUGGAUCAAACAGUGGUGCAUCCAAAACGCAAGCCAUGUAGAUUUUUGUUUCGGGUUCUACAUGGCCAUGGCGAAGAAGGGUGACCAGUUGGAAGGUGCAUACACCCUAAAGACGUCCUACGCUUUGAGGGAACUCAGAAGACACAAUUUGAACUUUUUUCUUUAGCACUCAUAGAAGAAGAGCAAAGAGACCAAACGGAUAAUAUGAAGUCUUUACCAUCCUUAAGUGAUGUUGGUAGUGUUGUAUUUGCCAUUAUUGGCACAAGAGCUGAUCUUGCUUGGUUUGUGGGAGUGACAUGUCGUCCCAUGAUAUGUUGUCUAUCAGCUUCAGUAUAUGUUGCUUAUGUAACAGUUUUUCUAUAAUAACUUUGUGUACCAUAUUUGAAAUCAAUGAAGUAAUAUCUUUGAUAAAAGGCGAAAUGGAGAUCUUCCACGGCCACUCAUAUCCACCAUAGACAGAACGGUCAGAAAUAGAAUCUCAUUUAUGUAACAACUUGAUUCGAGGAAGCUUGAUGAUGGCCUCCACAUCUGCUUCCAAGCUCGGCCAUAACAAGUAGAGAAGCUCUGCUUUUUCUCUCUCUGUCACUCUGUUUUAAGUUCAAAACUCUCUAAAUAAGGAUGCAUUCUUUGGAACAAAGGCUUUUGUAUUUGUUUUUUUGAAAAAUAAAAAGGAG